GAGGAAACCAAAGGACCUCAAAAUCUACAAAAGAUCUAAAGAAAAAGGGGAGCAGAGCUGGUUGUAGAUUGCAAGGCACCCCAUAGGUGGACAUCUUCCAACAUGGCUUCCAACUCUGAAACCCGGAACACCUACAUUACAGUUUACAUGCUCACUCUCCUAAUUGGCUUUCCCACCAACCUGUUGGCCCUGUUUGCUUUCAUCCAGAAGAUUAGAGACAAGGCCACACCUAACUGCAUCCUUCUCCUCAACCUGACCAUUUCUGAUCUCUGCUUCCUGGUUUUCCUCCUCUUCAAGAUGUCAGAGCAGAUCGCUGGCCGCUGGGCCCUUCCCCCUUUUCUGUGCCCGCUUUCUGGUCUUGUCUACUUCAGCACCAUUUAUACUAGCACGCUCUUCCUCACUGCGGUAAGCGCGGAGCGCUACCUGGGCGUAGCUUAUCCCAUCCAUUACAAGCUGAGGCGUCAUGCAGCCUAUGCCCUAAUAGCCAGCCUGGGCAUUUGGAUCUGCUCUUUUGGCCACUGCAGCAUUGUGUAUAUCACUGAGUUCAAGCGGGACAACUACUCCCUUCUGAAUAUGCCUCCCAGUAAUGUCUGUUACGACAAUUUCACAGAGAAGCAACUCCAGGUCCUGCUCCCUGUUCGCCUGGAACUCAGCAUUGUACUUUUCCUGGUGCCAUUCCUGAUCACCUGCUUCUGCUAUUUUGGCUUUAUAAGAAUAGUGAUUUCUUCACCACACAUCUGCAGGAACAAAAAGCAACGAGCGGUGGGGCUGGUGGCAGCCACUUUAGCUGUCUUCAUCAUCUGUUUUACACCUUACAACAUUUCCCAUGUGGUGGGUUAUAUUCAGUGGAAAAGUCCUGACUGGCGGAUCAAAGUCUUGCUUCUCAGCACCUUCAAUGCCUGCUUGGACCCCAUCAUCUUUUAUUUUUCUUCUUCUGCCAUGAAGCAUUCAUGCUGUAGCUUUUGGAUCAGAAUAAAAGGAAUUUGCAUGUUGGUUCCUUUGCUCCAUAAGCUCUUCAACAGAGGGACUGAGAGAACUGGUUCUCAGGAUCAAGUGUGCUCUUCCCGCCUAUGA